AGCGGUCAGCGGCCGGCAUGGGCCCCCGCGCGGAGCGGGCGCCGCUGCACCUGCGGCCGGCCGGCGCCGUGGCGCUGGCCGUGGCGGCGCGCGUGGCGCUGGUGCUCUACGGCGAGCUGCAGGACCGCGCGCUGCGCGUGCGCUACACCGACGUGGACUACGCCGUGCUGUCGGACGCCGCGCGCCUGCUGGCCGCCGGCCGCUCGCCCUACGCGCGCGCCACCUUCCGCUACUCGCCGCUGCUCGGCUGGCUGCUGGUGCCCGGGCAGCGGCUGGGCGCGCUCUUCGGCAAGCUGCUCUUCGCCGCCGCCGACGUGCUGGCCGCGCUGCUGCUGCUGCGCCUGCUGCGCCGCCGCGGCCUGGGCGCGCGCGCCGCCUGCGCGCACGCCGGCCUGUGGCUCUUCAACCCGCUGCCGCUGGCCGUGUCCAGCCGCGGCAACGCCGACGCGCUCGUGGCCUGCCUGGUGCUGGCGGCGCUCGACCUGCUGGCGCGGGGCCGCGCGGCGGGCGCCGGCGCCGCCUACGGGCUGGCCGUGCACCUGAAGCUCUACCCGGUGACGCACCUGCUGCCGCUGGCGCUGCACCUGCGGCCGCCGCGCGCGCCCGGCCCGCGCCGCCUCCGCGCCGACCUGCGGCGCCUGGCGGGCCCCGCCGUGCUGCGCUUCCUGGGCGCGGCGGCGCUGGCCUUCCUGGGCCUGGGCGCGGCCUGCCACGCGCGCUACGGCUGGGACUUCGUGGAGCACGCCUACCUGUACCACGUCACGCGCCGCGACACGCGCCACAACUUCUCGCCCUACUUCUACCUGCUCUACCUGACGGCCGAGAGCCCCUGGGCGCGCGCGCUCGGCCUGGCCGCCUUCCUGCCGCAGCUGGCGCUGCUGCUGGCCGCCUCGGCCGCCUUCCACGGCGACCCGGCCUUCUGCUGCUUCCUGCACACGGCCGUGCUCGUGAGCUUCAACAAGGUGUGCACGUCGCAGUACUUCGUCUGGUACCUGAGCCUGCUGCCGCUCGUGGCGCCGGGGCUGCGCCUGGGCCGCGCGCGCGCCGCCGCGCUGCUGCUGCUCUGGUUCGCGGCGCAGGCGCUCUGGCUGGCGCCCGCCUACCUGCUGGAGUUCCGGGGCCGCAACACCUUCCUGCUCCUCUGGCUGGCCGGCCUCUUCUUCCUGCUGGUCAACUGCGCCAUCCUGGCGCAGGUCAUCGCGCACUACCGGCCGUGGCCGCGGCCCCCGCCCCCGGCGCGGCGGCGGCGGGUCAGGGUCAAGGCCGACUGA